AGAUGUUUAAGGUAUAAGAAAAGAUAAUUUUAGAUAAAUAGAAAUUAAACAAACAAGUAAAAAAUUUGGAUAACUUAAAUAAAUAAAUAAAAUUAUAGUUUACUUAAGCUUGUGCAAAGACAGUUGUGAUCUCACCCCUAAGUAUAACCUAGGAGUGCGAGUCAUGUAUUGUGUUUUUGAGUUUGGUAGAUUCUUGGAUGUCAGCAAAACUAGAGAGGUAAAAGAGAAGCAGGAAAUUUGUUGCCUGGAAGAUCUAACUAAGAACAUGUUCGAACAGUGGAACAGCUCCCAAUGCGGUUAUCAGAGCAACACAACAAGAGAGCAGCAUCGAUUGAAACUGUGGAAGUCUCUUCCACCCUUGCUUCCACUGCUUCUAAGCCAAGACAGAAUUGACAUUAUGUCGAAGGUAACCAGCAAAGCAGAACGGAUAGGAGUGUGACUUUAGAGCUUGACCAAUCGAAGUCCUUCCGUACAAAGUCAAUUUCAACUGCUAUCAUGUACGCGAAUAUCAUUGAUCAUGACUUCCAAUCCUGUCCACCCCAUGCAGGACGAAACGCGAUUAGAAUUAGGUCCGUACAGGUGAGAAUCAGAAUUAGAGAAUCGAAUGAACGUGUCUUCCGACUUGUAGACGCUGAGCAGCAGGCAGCCCUUCCAAUCUUGGUCUGCAGCUGCAACUGGGCCUGUCAGCUUGCACUGGCGGGAGUUGACAAAGCUCAUUCUAAGCAGCUUGGAGGAUGCCUCGUCCGUCCGUCGAGCGAGGCCGCGUCGGACGCGUAAUCCUUGAGCUUGUCGGCAGAUUUGAACAUCCAACUGGGCAGUAUGCUUGCUGUUGGAUAUCGGCUGUAACGCAGAUCCCGACAGAAACUUUCACUGACUCGUCCAA